AUGUAUGGUGUGUCUCAGCUGCAGAGACAGUUGACUGAAUACACUUCUUCUCUGUUUGAUGAGGGUUUCCUAGAUGAUCAAUUUAACGAGGUUCAGCAACUUCAAGAUGAAAGCAACCCAGAGUUUGUGGUUGAAGUGGUGACUCUUUUCUUUGAGGGUGCAGAGAGGCUUCUCAAUGAGCUGGCAAAGGCACUAGGACAGGAUAACAUUGAUUUCAAAAGGGUGGAGGCUAAUGUUCGCCAAUUGAAAGGUAGCAGCUCCAGCAUUGGUGCACAGAGAGUUCAGAAAGUCUGCAUUGCCUUCAGGAACUACUGUGAGGAGAAAAAUGUUGAAGGGUGUCUUAAAACCUUACAGGAAAUAAAGCAGGAGUGUUCCUCAGUGAAAAGCAAGCUUGAAACUCUCUUCAAGAUGAAGCAGCAGGUUUUGUCGUGGGAGGCUCCAUUAUUAGGUAGUGGGCGAUAA